AUGAACAAUGCAAUUCUACGAGCUUCAAUCUCGAAAGAGAAAGGAAAUCCUGCAGCUUAUGGUAGGUUCAGAUAAUUAUUGCUUUCUAAAAAUAAACUACUCUGUCCGACAGACAGACUGAACUGACUAAGUGGACAGACGUGUCUGGAUGAGUAAAUGGAUUUAAAUGAAACGUUCAGACGGACCUACUGGACGGAAAGACUAACUGGAUGCUUCCAGAAGGGGUUUUGGUCAAAAUUUUGACACUUUUAUGAUUUUUUAUUUCUGAGCAAAAUAAGCCUUAAAAUAGUUUUUGGUAAGGUUAGAGAUAGAAAACAAGCCUUUUUAGGACGGACGGAUAGACAAACAUAGAUGUAGGACUUUGGUCACUGUUGUCACAAAUGACACAGUUGUCAAUGCUGUCACUGUUGUCAUCAUUAUCACCGUUGUAACUGUUCUCGGUGAUGUCCCUGUUGUCACUGUUGUCACUGCUGUCCUUGUAGUCACUGUUGCUCCUGCUGUCACUGUUGUCACUGUUGUCAUCGCGGUUGUCACUGUUGUCACUGUUGUCCCUCUUGUCGCUGUUGUCACUGUUGUCCUUGUCGCUGUUCCCACUGUUGUCACUGUUCUCCCUGUUGUUGCUGUUGUUGCUGUUGUCACUGUUGUCACUCCUUUUGCAUUGUCAAUAUUUUAACUGUCGUCAUUAUGGUCACUGUUGUCACUGUUGUUACCGUUGUUACCAUUGUCACCAUUGUCACUGUUGUCUCUGUUGUUGCUGUUGUCACUGUGGUCACUGUUUUCUCUGUUGUCACUAUUGUGGCUGUUCUCAUUGUUCUCACUUUUGUCCCUGCUGUCCUUCUUGUCGCUGUUGUCACCCUUGUCACCGUGGUCACUGUUGUCACUGUUGUUGCUGAUUUCGCUUUUGUCACUGCUGUUGCUGUUGUCCCUGUUGCCCAUGUUGUCCCUGUUGUCGCUCUUGUCACUGUUGUGCCUGUUGCCAUUGUUGUCAUUGUUCUCACUGUUGUCCCUGCUGUCCUUGUUGUCACUGUUGUCACUGUUGUCACUGUCGUACAUGGUGCACUUGUUGUAACUGUUGUCGCCAUUCUUGCUGUUGUCGCUGUUGUCACUGUUGUCACUGUUGUCCUUCUUGUCACUGUUGUCACCGUUGUCACUGUUGUUACCUUUGUCACCGUUACGACCAUUGUUACCAUUGUCACUGUUGUCACUGUUGUCACCAUUGUCACUGUUGUCACUGUUGUCGUAUUCUCACUGUUGUCAUAUUCUCACUUUUGUCAAUGUUGUCACCAUUGUCACUGUUGUCGUUGUUGUCACCAUUGUCACCGUUGUCACUGUUGUUACUAUUCUCCCUGUUCUCACUGUUUUCACCGUUGUCACCGUUGUCACCGUUCUCACUAUAUUCUCCGUUGUCACCAUUCUUAUUGUUGUCACCCUUGUCACUGUUGUCACCGUUGUCACUAUUAUCACCUUUGUCACCAUGUCACUAUUGUCACUGUUCUCACUGUUCUCACCGUUUUCACUGUUGUCACUGUUGUCACCGUUGUCACUGUUGUCACUGUUGUCACUAUUGUCACUGUUGUCACGAUUGUCACUGUUGUCACUGUUGUCACCGUUGUCACUGUUGUCAACGUUCUCACCGUUGUCACUGUUGUCACUGUUGUCAUCGUUGUCACUGUUGUCACGGUUCUCACCGUUGUCACCGUUGUCACUGUUCGCACUGUUCGUCCUGUUGCCUCUGUUGUCACCAUUGAGACCGUUGUCACUGUUGUCACUGUUGUCACCGUUAUCAUCUUUUUCAUCGUUUUCACUGUUGUCACUGUUGUCACUUUUGUCAUUGUUGUACCUGUUGUCACCGUUGCCACUGUUGUCAGUGUUGUCACCGUUGUCACCGUUGUCACCGUUGUCACUGUUGUCACCGUUGUCAUCCUUUUCACUGUUGUCACUGUUGUCACCGUUGUCACUGUUGUCACUGUUGUCACCGUUGUCACCGUUGUCACCGUUGUCACUUUUUUCACUGUUGUCACCGUUGUCACUGUUGUCACCGUUGUCACUCUUGUCACUAUUGUUACUGUUGUCACAGUUGUCACGGUUGUCACUGUUAUCACUGUUGUCACCGUGGUCACCGUUGUCACUGUUGUCACUGUUGUCACCAUUGUCACUGUUCUCACUAUUGUCUGCUUUUCACCGGUCACCAUUGUCACUGUUCUCACUGUUGCCUCUUUUCUCACCGUUAUCACUGUUGUCACUGUUGUCACCGUUGUCACUGUUCUCACUGUUGUCACCGUUAUCAUCUUUUUUAUCGUUGUCACCGUUGUCACCGUUGUCACCGUUGUCACCGUUGUCACUGUUGUCACCGUUGUCACUGUUGUCACCGUUGUCACUGUUGUCACCGUUGUCACCGUUGUCAUCAUUGUCACUGUUGUCACUGUUGUCACCGUUCUCACUGUUGUCACUGUUGUCACUGAUGCCACCGUUGUCAUCGUUGUCAUCGUUGUCACCGUUGUCACCGUUUUAAGUGUUGUCACUGUUGUCACCGUUGUCAUUGUUGUCACUGUUGUCACUCUGUCACUAAUUUUACCGUUGUCACCGUUGCCACCCUUGUCAUCAUCGUCACUGUUGUCACUGUUUUAACCGUUGUCACUGUUGUCACUGUUGUCACAGUUGUCACUUUUGUCACUGUUGUCACCGGUGUCAGCGUUGUCACUGUUGUCAUUGUUGUCACCGUUGUCAUCAUUGUCACUGUUGUCACCGUUCUCGAUGUUGUCACUGUUGUCACUGUUGUCACCGUUGUCACUGUUGUCACUAUUGUCACCGUUGUCAUUGUUGUCUCUGUUGUCACUGUGUCACCGUUGUCACAGUUGUCACCGGUGUCACCAGUGUCAUUGUUGUCACUGUUUUCACUAUUGUCGCCGUUGUCACUGUUGUCACCGUUGCACUGUUGUAACCGUUGUCACCCUUGUCACCGUUGUCAUCAUUGUCACUGUUGUCACUGUUGUCACCGUUCUCACUGUUGUCACUGUUGUCACUGUUGCCACCGUUGUCAUCGUUGCCAUCGUUGUCACUGUUGUCACUGUUGUCACCAUUGUCACGGUUGUCACUGUAGUCACCGUUGUCACCGUUGUCACCGUUGUCACCGUUGUCAGGGUUGUCAGGGUUGUCACUGUUGUCACCGUUGUCAGGGUUGUCAUCGUUGUCACUUUUGUCACCGUUGUCACCGUUGUCAUCGUUGUCACCGUUGUCACCGUUGUCAUCGUCGUCACUUUUUCACCGUUGUCACCGUUGUCACCGUUGUCAUCGUUGUCACCGUUGUCACCGUUGUCAUCGUUGUCACUUUUGUCACCGUUGUCACCGUUGUCACCGUUGUCACCGUUGUCAUCGUUGUCACCGUUGUCACCGUUGUCACCGUUGUCACCGUUGUCACUUUUGUCACCGUUGUCACCUUUGUCACCGUUGUCACCGUUCUCACCGUUGUCACCGUUGUCACCGUUGUCACCGUUGUCAUCGUUGUCACUUUUGUCACCGUUGUCACCGUUGUCACCGUUGUCACCGUUGUCAUCGUUGUCACCGUUGUCACCGUUGUCAUGGUUGUCACUUUUGUCACCGUUGUCACCGUUGUCAUCGUUGUCACCGUUGUCAUCGUUGUCACCGUUGUCACUGUUGUCAUCAUUGUCACCAUUGUCAGCGUUGUCACCGUUGUCACCGUUGUCAUCGUUGUCACUGUUGUCACUGUUGUCAACGUUGUCGCCGUUGUCACCGUUGUCACCGUUGUCAGGGUUGUCACUGUUGUCACUGUUUUCUCCGUUGUCAGGGUUGUCACUGUUGUCACCGUUGUCACCGUUGUCACUGUUGUCACUUUUGUCACCGUUGUCAGGAUUGUCAGAGUUGUCACUUUUGUCACCGUUGUCACCGUUGUCACCGUUGUCACCGUUGUCACCGUUGUCACCGUUGUCAUCAUUGUCACCGUUGUCAUUGUUGUCACCGUUCUCAUUGUUGUCACUGUUGCCACCGUUGUCAUCGUCGUCAUCGUUGUCUGUGUCACCGUUCUCACCAUUGUCACUGUUGUCACCGUUGUCACUGUUGUCACUUUUUUCACCGUUGUCAGUGUUGUCACUGUUGUCACCGUUGUCACUGUUGUCACCGUUGUCACGGUUGUCACCAAUGUCAUCAUUGUCACUGUUGUCACUGUUGUCACCGUUGUCACUGUUGUCACUGGUGUCACCGUUGUCACCGUUGUUGCUGUUGUUACUGUUGUCACCAUUGUCACCAUUGUCACGGUUGUCACCGUUGUCACCGUUGUCACUGUUUUCACUGUUGUCACUGUUGUCACCGUUGUCACCGUUGUCACUGUUGUCACCGUUGUCACCGUUGUCACUGUUGUCACCGUUGUCACCGUUGUCACCGUUGUCAUCGUUGUCACUGUUGUCACGGUUGUUACCGUUCUCGCUGUUGUCACUGUUGUCACCGUUGUCACUCUUGUCACCGUUUUCACCUUUUUUAUCGUUGUCACUGUUGUCACUGUUGUCAUUGUUGUCACCCUUGUCACUGUUGUCACCGUUGUCACUGUUGUCACUGUUGUCACCGUUGUCACUGUUGUCACCAUUGUCACCGUUGUCACUGUUGUCACCGUUGUCAGGGUUGUCACUGUUGUCACCGUUGUCACCGUUGUCACUGUUGUCACCGUUGUCACCGUUGUCACCGUUGUCACCGUUGUCACCGUUGUCACCGUUGUCACCGUUGUCACCGUUGUCACCGUUGUCACCGUUGUCACCGUUGUCAUCGUUGUCACUUUUGUCACCGUUGUCACCGUUGUCACCGUUGUCACCGUUGUCACCGUUGUCACCGUUGUCACCGUUGUCACCGUUGUCACCGUUGUCACCGUUGUCACCGUUGUCACCGUUGUCACCGUUGUCACCGUUGUCACCGUUGUCACCGUUGUCACCGUUGUCACCGUUGUCACCGUUGUCAUCGUUGUCACCGUUGUCACCGUUGUCACCGUUGUCAUCGUUGUCACCGUUGUCACCGUUGUCACCGUUGUCAUCGUUGUCACUGUUGUCACUGUUGUCACCGUUGUCACCGUUGUCACCGUUGUCACCGUUGUCACCGUUGUCACCGUUGUCAUCGUUGUCACCGUUGUCAUCGUUGUCACCGUUGUUAUCGUUGUCACCGUUGUCAUCCUUGUCACCGUUGUCAUCGUUGUCACUGUUGCCACCGUUGUCAUCGUUGUCAUCGUUGUCUCGUUGUCACCGUUCUCACCAUUGUCACUGUUGUCACCGUUGUCACUGUUGUCUCUUUUUUCACCGUUGUCAGUGUUGUCAGUGUUGUCACCGUUGUCACUGUUGUCACCGUUGUCAUAGUUGUCACCGUUGUCACUGUUGUCACUGUUGUCACCGUUGUCACCGUUGUUGUCACCGUUGUUGUCACCGUUGUCACCGUUGUCACCGUUGUCACCGUUGUCACCGUUGUCACCGUUGUCACCGUUGUCAUCGUUGUCACCGUUGUCACCGUUGUCACCGUUGUCACCGUUGUCACCGUUGUCACCGUUGUCACCGUUGUCACCGUUGUCACCGUUGUCACCGUUGUCACCGUUGUCACCGUUGUCACCGUUGUCACCGUUGUCACCGUUGUCACCGUUGUCACCGUUGUCACCGUUGUCACCGUUGUCACCGUUGUCAUCGUUGUCACCGUUGUCACCGUUGUCACCGUUGUCAUCGUUGUCAUCGUUGUCACCGUUGUCACCGUUGUCACCGUUGUCACCGUUGUCACUGUUGUCACCGUUGUCACCGUUGUCACCGUUGUCACCGUUGUCACCGUUGUCACCGUUGUCACCGUUGUCAUCGUUGUCACCGUUGUCAUCGUUGUCACCGUUGUCACCGUUGUCAUCGUUGUCACUUUUGUCACCACCGUUGUCACCGUUGUCACCGUUGUGUCACCGUUGUCACCGUUGUCACCGUUGUCACCGUUGUCAUCGUUGUCACCGUUGUCAUCGUUGUGUUGUCACCACCGUUGUCACCGUUGUCACUUUUCACCGUUGUCAUCGUUGUCACUUUUGUCACCGUUGUCAUCGUUGUCAUCGUUGUCACCGUUGUCACUGUUGUCACCGUUGUCACUGUUGUCACCGUUGUCACCGUUGUCACUUUUUGUCACCGUUGUCACUGUUGUCACUGUUGUCACUGUUGUCACCGUUGUCACCGUUGUCACCGUUGUCACCGUUGUCACCAAUUGUCAUCAUUGUCACUGCUGUCACUGUUGUCACCGUUGUCACUGUUGUCACUGUUGUCACUGUUGUCACCGUUGUCACCGUUGUCACUGUUGUCACUGUCACUGUUGUCACUGUUGUCACCACCGUUGUCACCGUUUGUCACCGUUGUCACCGUUGUCACCGUUGUCACUGUCACCGUUGUCACCGUUGUCACCGUUGUCACCGUUGUUGUCAUCGUUGUCACCACCGUUGUCACCGUUGUCACCGUCACCGUUGUCACCGUUGUCACCGUUGUCACCGUUGUCACCGUUUGUCACCGUUGUCACCGUUGUCACCGUUGUCACCGUUGUCACCGUUGUCACCGUUGUCACCGUUGUCACCCACCGUUGUCACCGUUUGUCACCGUUGUCACCGUUGUCACCGUUGUCACCGUUGUCACCGUUGUCACCGUUUGUCACCGUUGUCACCGUUGUCACCGUUGUUGUCACCGUUGUCACCACCGUUGUCACCGUUGUCACCGUUGUCACCGUUGUCACCGUUGUUGUCACCGUUGUCACCGUUGUCACCGUUGUCACCGUUGUCACCGUUGUCACCGUUGUCACCGUUGUCACCGUUGUCACCGUUGUCACCGUUGUCACCACCGUUGUCACCGUUGUCACCGUUGUCACCGUUGUCACCGUUGUCACCGUUGUCACCGUUGUCACCGUUGUCACCGUUGUCACCGUUGUCACCGUUGUCACCGUUGUCACCACCGUUGUCACCGUUGUCACCGUUGUCACCGUCACCGUUGUCACCGUUGUCACCGUUGUCACCGUUGUCACCGUUGUCACCGUUGUCACCGUUGUCACCGUUGUCACCGUUGUCACCUGUUGUCACCGUUGUCACUGUUGUCACCACCGUUGUCACCGUUGUCACCGUUGUCACCGUUGUCACCGUUGUCACCGUUGUCACCGUUGUCACCGUUGUCACCGUUGUCACCGUCACCACCGUUGUCACCGUUGUCACCGUUGUCACCGUUGUCACCGUUGUCACCGUUGUCACCGUUGUCACUGUUGUCACCGUUGUCACCGUUGUCACCGUUGUCACUGUUGUCACCGUUGUCACCGUUGUCACCGUUGUCACCGUUGUCACCGUUGUCACCGUUGUCACCGUUGUCACCGUUGUUGUUGUCACCGUUGUCACCGUUGUCACCGUUGUCACCGUUGUCACCGUUGUCACCGUUGUCACCGUUGUCACCGUUGUCACCGUUGUCACCGUUGUCACAUCGUUGUCACCGUUGUCACCGUUGUCACCGUUGUCACCGUUGUCACCGUUGUCACCGUUGUCACCGUUGUCACCGUUGUCACCGUUGUCACCGUUGUCACCGUUGUCACCGUUGUCACCGUUGUCACCGUUGUCACCGUUGUCACCGUUGUCACCGUUGUCACCGUUGUCACCGUUGUCACCGUUGUUGUCACCGUUGUCACCGUUGUCACCGUUGUCACCGUUGUCACCGUUGUCACCGUUGUCACCGUUCACCGUUGUCAUCGUUGUCACCGUUGUCACCGUUGUCACCGUUGUCACCGUUGUCACCGUUGUCACCGUUGUCACCGUUGUCACCGUUGUCACCGUUGUCACCGUUGUCAUCCGUUGUCACCGUUGUCACCGUUGUCACCACCGUUGUCACCACUGUUGUCACCGUUGUCACCGUUGUCACACGUUGUCACCGUUGUCACCGUUGUCACCGUUGUCACCGUUGUCACCGUUGUCACCGUUGUCACCACCGUUGUCAUCGUUGUCACCGUUGUCACCGUUGUCACCGUUGUCAUCGUUGUCACCGUUGUUGUCACCGUUGUCACCGUUGUCAUCGUUGUCACUUUUGUCACCGUUGUCACCGUUGUCACCGCGUUGUCACCAUUGUCACCGUUGUCACCGUUGUCACCGUUGUCACCGUUGUCACCGUUGUCACUGUUGUCACCGUUGUCACCGUUGUCACCGUUGUCACCAUUGUCACCGUUGUCACCGUUGUCACCGUUGUCACCGUUGUCACCGUUGUCACCGUUGUCACCGUUCUCACCGUUCUCACCGUUGUCACCGUUGUCACCGUUGUCACCGUUGUCACCGUUGUCACCGUUGUCACCACUUUUGUCACCGUUGUCACCGUUGUCACCGUUGUCACCCGUUGUCACCAUUGUCACCGUUGUCACCGUUGUUUGUCACCGUUUUCAGGUUGUCACUGUUGUCACCGUUGUCACCGUUGUCACUGUUGUCACCGUUGUCACCGUUGUCAUCGUUGUCACUUUUGUCACCGUUGUCACCGUUGUCAUCGUUGUCACCGUUGUCACCGUUGUCACCGUUGUCACCGUUGUCACCGUUGUCACCGUUGUCACCGUUGUCACCGUUGUCACCGUUGUCACCGUUGUCACCGUUGUCACCGUUGUCACCGUUGUCACCGUUGUCACCGUUGUCACCGUUGUCACCGUUGUCACCGUUGUCACCGUUGUCACCGUUGUCACCGUUGUCACCGUUGUCACCGUUGUCACCGUUGUCACCGUUGUCACCGUUGUCACCGUUGUCACCGUUGUCAUCGUUGUCACCGUUGUCACCGUUGUCACCGUUGUCACCGUUGUCACCGUUGUCACCGUUGUCACCAUUGUCACCGUUGUCACCGUUGUCACUGUUGUCACCGUUGUCACCGUUGUCAUUGUUGUCACCGUUGUCACGGUUGUCACUGUUGUCACUGUUGUCACCGUUGUCAGGGUUGUCACUGUUGUCACUGUUGUCACCGUUGUCUCUGUUGUCACCGUUGUCAUUGUUGUCACCGUUGUCACCGUUGUCACCGUAGUCACCGUUGUCACUGUUGUCACUUUUGUCAUCGUUGUCACCGUUGUCAUCGUUGUCACCGUUGUCACCGUUGUCAUCGUUGUCACCGUUGUCACCGUUGUCAGCGUUGUCACCGUUGUUACCGUUGUCACUGUUGUCACUUUUGUCACCGUUGUCACUGUUGUCUCGGUUGUCACCGUUGUCACCGUUGUCAUCGUUGUCACCGUUUUCAAUGUUGUCACUGUUGUCACCGUUGUCACCGUCUUCACUGUUGUCGCUGUUGUCACCGUUGUCACCGUUGUCACUUUUGUCACCGUUGUCAUCGUUGUCACCGUUGUCACCGUUGUCACCGUUGUCACUGUUGUCACCGUUGUCACCAUUGUCACUGUUGUCAUCGUUGUCACUGUUGUGACCAUUUUAAUUGUUGUCACCGUUGUCACUGUUGUCACCGUUGUCAGUGUUGUCACUGUUGGCACUGUUGUCACCGUUGUCACUGUUGUCACUGCUGUCAUUGUUGUCAUCGUUGUCACCGUUGUCACUGUUGUCACUUUUGUCACCGUUGUCUUUGUUGUCACUGUUCUCACUGUUUUCACCGUUGUCACCGUUGUCACUGUUGUCACCGUUGUCAUCGUUGUCACUGUUGUGACCGUUGUCACCGUUUUCACUGUUGUCACUGUUGUCACCGUUGUCAACGUCUUCACUGUUGUCGCUGUUGUAACCUUUGUCAUUGUUGUCACUGUUGUCACUGUUGUCACCUUUGUCACCGUUGUCACUGUUGUCAAAGUUGUCACUGUUUUCACUGUUAUCACGGUUGUCACCGUUUUCACUGUUGCGUCUGUUGUCACCGUUGUCACUGCUGGCACUGUUACCACUGUUGUGAAAGUUGUCACCGUUGUAGCUGUUGUGACUGUUGUCACGGUUGGCUCUGUUUUCACCGUUGUCACUGUUGUCACCAUUGUCACCGUUGUCACUGCUGUUGCUGUUGUCACCGCUGUCACUGUUGUCUCCGUUGUCAUCGUUGUCACUGUUGUCACCGUUGUCACUGUUGUCAUCGUUGUCACUGUUGUCACGGUUGUCACCGUUGUCAUCGUUGUCACUUUUGUCACCGUUGUCACCGUUGUCACCGUUGUCAUCCUUGUCACUUUUGUCACCGUUGUCACCGUUGUCAUCGUUGUCACCGUUGUCACCGUUGUCACCGUUUUCACUUUUGUCACCGUUGUCACCGUUGUCAUCGUUGUCACCGUUGUCACCGUCGUCACCGUUGUCACCGUUGUCAUCGUUGUCACUUUUGUCACCGUUGUCACCGUUGUCAUCGUUGUCACUUUUGUCACCGUUGUCACCGUUGUCACCGUUGUCACUGUUGUCACCGUUGUCACCGUUGUCAUUGUUGUCACCGUUGUCACCGUUGUCACUGUUGUCACUGUUGUCACCGUUGUCAGUGUUGUCACUGUUGUCACCGUUGUCACUGUUGUCACCGUUGUCACCGUUGUCACCGUUGUCACCGUUGUCACCGUUGUCACCGUUGUAAUGGUUGUCACUUUUGUCACCGUUGUCACCGUUGUCACCGUUGUCAUCGUUGUCACUUUUGUCACCGUUGUCACCGUUGUCAUCGUUGUCACCGUUGUCACCGUUGUCACCGUUGUCACUUUUGUCACCGUUGUCACCGGUGUCAUCGUUGUCACCGUUGUCACCGUUGUCACCGUUGUCACCGUUGUCAUCGUUGUCACCGUUGUCACCGUUGUCAGCGUUGUCACCGUUGUCACCGUUGUCACUGUUGUCACUUUUGUCACUGUUGUCUCGGUUGUCACCGUUUUCACCGUUGUCACCGUUGUCAUCGUUGUCACCGUUUUCACUGUUGUCACUGUUGUCACCGUUGUCACCGUCUUCACUGUUGUCGCUUUUGUCACCGUUGUCACCGUUGUCACUUUUGUCACCGUUGUCACCGUUGUCAUCGUUGUCACCGUUGUCACCGUUGUCACCGUUGUCACUGGUGUCAGCGUUGUCACCAUUGUCACUGUUGUCAUCGUUGUCACUGUUGUGACUUUUCUCACCGUUGUCACCGUUGUCACCGUUGUCACUGUUGUCACCAUUUUAACCGUUGUCACCGUUGUCACUGUUGUCACCGUUGUCAGUGUUGUCACCGUUGGCACUGUUGUCACCGUUUUCACUGUUGUCACUGCUUUCAUUGUUGUCAUCGUUGUCACCGUUGUCACUGUUGUCACUUUUUUCACCGUUGUCUUUGUUGUCACUGUUCUCACUGUUGUCACCGUUGUCACCGUUGUCACUGUUGUCACCGUUGUCAUCGUUGUCACUGUUGUGACCGUUGUCACCGUUUUCACUGUUGUCACUGUGGUCACCGUUGUCACCGUCUUCACUGUUGUCGCUUUUGUCACAUUUGUCAUUGUUGUCACUGUUGUCACUGUUGUCAUCUUUGUCACUGUUGUCACUGUUGUCAAAGUUGUCACUGUUUUCACUGUUAUCGCGGUUGUCACCGUUUUCACUGUUGCGUCUGUUGUCACCGUUGUCACUGUUGGCACUGUUGCCACUGUUGUGAAAGUUGUCACCGUUGUAGCUGUUGUGACUGUUGUCACGGUUGGCUCUGUUUUCACCGUUGUCACUGUUGUCACCAUUGUCACCGUUGUCAUUGCUGUUGCUGUUGUCACCGCUGUCACUGUUGUCUCCGUUGUCAUCGUUGUCACUGUUGUCACGGUUGUCACCGUUGUCACUGUUGUCACCGUUGUCACCGUUGUCACUGUUGUCACCGUUGUCACUGUUGUCACUGUUGUUACCGUUGUCAUUGUUGUCACUGUUAUCACGGUUGUCACCGUUUUCACUGUUGCGUCUGUUGUCACCGUUGUCACUGCUGGCACUGUUGCCACUGUUGUGAAAGUUGUCACCGUUGUAGCUGUUGUGACUGUUGUCACGGUUGGCUCUGUUUUCACCGUUGUCACUGUUGUCACCAUUGUCACCGUUGUCACUGCUGUUGGUGUUGUCACCGCUGUCACUGUUGUCUCCGUUGUCAUCGUUGUCACUGUUGUCACGGUUGUCACCGUUGUCACUGUUGUCAUCGUUGUCACUGUUGUCACGGUUGUCACCGUUGUCAUCGUUGUCACUUUUGUCACCGUUGUCACCGUUGUCACCGUUGUCACCGUUGUCAUCGUUGUCACUUUUGUCACCGUUGUCACCGUUGUCAUCGUUGUCACCGUUGUCACCGUUGUCACCGUUUUCACUUUUUUCACCGUUGUCACCGUUGUCACCGUUGUCAUCGUUGUCACCGUUGUCACCGUUGUCACCGUUGUCAUCGUUGUCACUUUUGUCACCGUUGUCACCGUUGUCAUCGUUGUCACCGUUGUCACCGUUGUCACUGUUGUCACCGUAUUCAGGGUUGUCACUGUUGUCACCAUUGUCACCGCUGUCACUGUUGUCACCGUUGUCAGGGUUGUCAGGGUUGUCACUUUUGUCACCGUGUUCGGGGUUGUCAUCGUUGUCUCUUUGGUCACCGUUGUCACCGUUGUCACCGUUGUCAUGGUUGUCACCGUUGUCUUCGUUGUCACCGUUGUCACCGUUGUCACCAUUGUCACCGUUGUCACCGUUGUCACCGUUGUCACCGUUGUCACCGUUGUCACCGUUGUCACCGUUGUCACCGUUGUCACCGUUGUCACCGUUGUCACCGUUGUCACCGUUGUCACUGUUGUCACCGUUGUCACCGUUGUCACCGUUGUCACUUUUGUCACCGUUGUCACCGUUGUCACCGUUGUCAUUGUUGUCACCGUUGUCACCGUUGUCACUGUUGUCACCGUUGUCAGGGUUUUCACUGUUGUCACCAUUGUCACCGUUGUCACUGUUGUCACCGUUGUCAGGGUUGUCACGGUUGUCACUUUUGUCACCGUUGUCACUGUUGUCACCGUUGUCACUGUUGUCAUCGUUGUCACUUUUGUCACCGUUGUCACCGUUGUCACCUUUGUCAUCGUUGUCACCGUUGUCAUCGUUGUUACCGUUGUCACCAUUGUCACCGUUGUCACCGUUGUCAUCGUUGUCACCGUUGUCACCGUUGUCAUCGUUGUCACCGUUGUCACCGUUGUCACCUUUGUCACCGUUGUCAUCGUUGUCACUUUUGUCACCGUUGUCACCGUUGUCACCGUUGUCACCGUUGUCACUGUUGUCACCGUUGUCACCGUUGUCAUUGUUGUCACCGUUGUCACCGUUGUCACUGUUGUCACUGUUGUCACCGUUGUCACGGUUGCCACUGUUGUCACUGUUGUCACCGUUGUCACCGUUGUCAUUGUUGUCACCGUUGUCACCGUUGUCACCGUUGUCACCGUUGUCACUGUUGUCACUUUUUUCACCGUUGUCACUGUUGUCACUUUUGUCACCGUUGUCACUGUUGUCACCGUUGUCACCGGUGUCACCGUUGUCACUGUUGUCACCGUUGUCACCGUUGUCACCGUUGUCACCGUUGUCAUCGUUGUCACUUUUGUCACCGUUGUCACCGUUGUCACCGUUGUCAUCGUUGUCACUUUUGUCACCGUUGUCACCGUUGUCACUUUUGUCACCGUUGUCACCGUUGUCAUCGUUGUCACCGUUGUCACCGUUGUCACUGUUGUCACCGUUGUCAGGGUUGUCACUGUUGUCACCGUUGUUACCGUUGUCACCGUUGUCACUGUUGUCAUCGUUGUUACCGGUGUCACCAUUGUCACCGUUGUCACCGUUGUCAUCGUUGUCACCGUUGUCACCGUUGUCAUCGUUGUCACCGUUGUCACCGUUGUCACCUUUGUCACCGUUGUCAUCGUUGUCACUUUUGUCACCGUUGUCACCGUCUUCACUGUUGUCGCUUUUGUCACCGUUGUCACUUUUGUCACCGUUGUCACCGUUUUCAUCGUUGUCACCGUUGUCACCGUUGUCACUGGUGUCACCGUUGUCACCAUUGUCACUGUUGUCAUCGCUGUCACUGUUGUGACUUUUCUCACCGUUGUCACCGUUGUCACUGUUGUCACCAUUUUAACCGUUGUCACCGUUGUCACUGUUGUCACCGUUGUCAUUGUUGUCACCGUUGUCACUGUUGUCACCGUUGUCACUGUUGUCACUGCUGUCAUUGUUGUCAUCGUUGUCACCGUUGUCACUGUUGUCACUUUUGUCACCGUUGUUUUUGUUGUCACUGUUCUCACUGUUGUCACCGUAGUCACCGUUGUCACUGUUGUCACCGUUGUCAUCGUUGUCACUGUUGUGACCGUUGUCACCGUUUUCACUGUUGUCACUGUUGUCACCGUUGUCACCGUCUUCACUGUUGUCGCUUUUGUCACCUUUGUCAUUGUUGUCACUGUUGUCACUGUUGUCACCUUUGUCACCGUUGUCACUGUUGUCAAAGUUGUCACUGUUUUUACUGUUAUCGCGGUUGUCACCGUUUUCACUGUUGCGUCUGUUGUCACCGUUGUCACUGUUGGCACUGUUGGCACUGUUGUGAAAGUUGUCACCGUUGUAGCUGUUGUGACUGUUGUCACGGUUGGCUCUGUUUUCACCGUUGUCACUGUUGUCACCAUUUUCACCGUUGUCACUGCUGUUGCUGUUGUCACCGCUGUCACUGUUGUCUCCGUUGUCAUCGUUGUCACUGUUGUCACGGUUGUCACCGUUGUCACUGUUGUCACCGUUGUCACCGUUGUCACUGUUGUCACCGUUGUCACUGUUGUCACUGUUGUUACCGUUGUCAUUGUGGUCACUGUUGUCACCGUUGUCACUGUUGUCACCGAUGUCACUGUUGUCAAAGUUGUCACCGUUGUCACUGUUGUCACGGUUGUCACCGUUGUCAGUGUUGUCACUGUUGCCUCUGUUGUCACCGUUGUCACUGUUGUCACGUUUUUAACUGUUGUCACCGAUGUCACCGUUGUCACUGUUGUCACUUUUGUCACUGUGGUCACUGUUGUCACUGUUUUCACCGUUGUCACCGUUGUCACUGUUGUCACCGAUGUCACUGUUGUCAAAGUUGUCACCGUUGUUACCGUUGUCACUGUUGUCACGGUUGUCACGGUUGUCACUGUUGUGAUUGUUGCCUCUGUUGUCACCGUUGUCACUGUUGUCACGUUUGUCACUGUUGUCACCGAUGUCACCGUUGUCACUGUUGUCACUGUUGUCACUGUUGUCACUGUUGACACUGUUGUUACCGUUGUCGCUCUUGUCACUGUUGUCACCGUUGUCACUCUUGUCACCGUUUUCACCUUUUUUAUCGUUGUCACUGUUGUCACUGUUGUCGCCGUUGUCACUGUUGUCACUGUUGUCACCGUUGUCACUGUGGUCACCGUUGUCACUGUGGUCACCGUUGUCACUGUUGUUACUGUUGUCAAUAUUUUCACCGUUGUCAGCGUUGUCACCGUUGUCACUGUUGUCAGUGUUGUCACUGUUGUCACGGUUGUCACCAUUGUCACUGUUGUCACUGUUGUCACCGUUGUCACUGUUGUCACGGUUGUCACCAUUGUCACCGUUGUCACUUUUGUCACUGUUGUCACCGUUGUCACUGUUGUCACUGUUGUCACUGUUGUCACCGUUGUCACUGUUAUCACGGUUGUCAAAGUUGUCACUGUUAUAACCUUUUGUUACUGUUGUCACUGUUGUUACUGUUGUCACCAUUGUCGCCGUUGUCACUGUUGUCACCGUUGUCAUCGUUGUCACUGUUGUCACCGUUGUCACUGUUGUCACUGUUGGCACUGGUGUCACCGUUGUCACCGUUGUCACUGUUGUCACUGUUGGCACUGUUUUCGCUGUUGUCACUUUUCUUUUUUUUGUCUCUAUUGUCGCUGUUUUUCUUUUUGUCGCUGUUGCCGCUGUUCUCACUGUUGUCCCGGUUGUCAUCUAUCCAUACUUCCGUUUCUCCAUCCCUUCAUCUAUUCAUCCUUUCAUUCGGCUAUCCAUCUAUCUAGUCCUUUAUAUAUCCAUCCAUCCACCCAUGCAUCCCUUUUUUUGUCCAUCCAUCCAUCCAUCCAUCCCUCCAUCUAUUUAACCAUGCAUAAAACAAAAGAAAUUAAUGUUUAAUGAGCUUCGUUAUGUCUGAUAAAGACGUGGCUAGACUUUACUUCCUAUUUUUUAGAACAAAAUAACCCCAAAUCUAAAUAUUAGUUCAAAAUACUCGCAGUCUUCAGGUUUAACAACUCUCGGCUUUGCCUCGAGUUUUUAUACUCGAUAAUACACUCCUGUUCUUUUGUCAAAUAGUACAAAAAAUUUACACGUCUUUAUUUGUUUCUCUCACAGGUAUUACAGUGUAUAACCAUCCGUUUAAUAAGACAGACUCAAAUAUAGUCUCAGCACGUUACAUGUAAGUAACAGGAAUUUGUACGAAAUAAAUCUCAAGUAGUUUGUUAGCAAGAAAAGCCGUGAAUCACUGAAACUGUACGCUUGCAGUUGGACCCAGGACUUUAUGCGAGUGGUGCUAGCUGGGUCCUUAACGUAAACAUCCACGCCUCAGGAAUUUUAAUUCCAUUGUCCUUCAGUUGUUUUUUUUUUUUUACUGAAACGUAACGAUCUGGCCCCAGUUGUUCCAUUAGGGGGAUAACUCUAUUCUUUGGGUAAAUCUCUAUCCACUGCGUAGUGUAAAUCCAUGGUACCGUCAUACACAAAGGCAUCAUGUGCUCAAUGAUGAAAAUGAAGCUGUGGGACAACAAGACAUUCAUGAAACGUUCCUGCCGCAGAUAAUAGGGAGCUUUAGCAACGACGACGGCGACGGCAAAGGGGACGUCAAAAAAGCAAUAGGUUUAUUACGCAAAACAACAACUUUGCACGUGCAUCACGCUUUUUUGUACAUUUCUUUACCGUCCUUGCACGACUACGACGUGAAAAUGCCUAAUUGCAAGUUUUAUAGAGGACGUAAACAGGCAACGACGAAUCUCUUUUUCUCUCUCUAAACUUGAGUGCGGUUCUCAAGAAAUCAACUCCAGGGAAAUUUGCUUACACUUGCCAUUUUCAGCAAAUUGGAAUAAACGUAUCAAAGAUUGAAAAAACGGGAAUUCAUUUUAAAAGUGACGUUUUGGCUGCCGUUGCCGUCGUCCAUGCUAAAGCUCCCUAGUGAUUUCUCCGGUGGAUAGCGCUAUCCAGCUUUUGAACAAUUUGGGCUUGUAUACGUAGUCCUAAAUUGUGAAACAAACGAGAAAUUUAUCGUUGAUUUUCACGUGAUGGUUGUACAUGUUUCAGGCGUCAAGGGACAGAUCUUGUGAUUGCAAUCUUUGUCAUCAUAGCCAUGUCUUUUGUACCGGCGAGUUUUGUCGUGUUCCUUGUAACUGAGCGAGCCUCCAAAGCCAAGCAUCUGCAGUUUGUCAGCGGUGUCGAUCCUGUUAUCUAUUGGCUGUCCAACUACGUUUGGGACGUGGUGAGUGUCGCAGCUAUAUAACCAUAUAAGGCAUCGAUAGAUUCCCUGAGCUCACUUUGUAGGGUAGAGACGUACUCAAGGUGGCCGAACACACUUUAGGCAGUUUGUGCGUAUGUCAUUUGCCAAUCAUGACAAGAAAAAGGUUGCAGCUCACAAGCUGAAACUUGGCAUAUGAAAAAUAUACUGAUGAUAGAUUUUUAUUGACAGGUAAAAUUUGACGUUUUCGAAGUUUCCAUGGCAACAUGAACGAGUGAAUACAACCUUGAAUUUUCAUUUUGCUCAGUUUACGUAAAAUUCGCUCAUUAGAUUUUCCUAUAAACUUGCACACAGCGUAAUAUAAUUAAUCAUUACCAUUUGAAACAAAUUUGACCAAAUUUUAACAGACGGUUUUUUAGAUAAUCAAUAAUAUAAUUAAAUGUGUCACAAAAUUCGUCUGUUCAACUUCCAUUUUAAAGUUCUCGUUGUUUAAAAUACGAUGGAAGCAAGACUUCUGCCAAAUGUCUCAAAAUUUUGAUGAGUAGAUUUUGAGAAGUCGUCUUUUGUGUACCAUUGCUUUUUCGCCGCCAUGUUUGUUGUCUAAUUAAAACACGCGCCGUCACGCGAGUUGCGGCUGACCGCCGGCAAAACUGUGUUUAGCCACCUUAAGCACUUCAUCCGCAUUGUGUGGAGUGUCCUUGGGUUGCGAUGUCGCGCCAUACGCCACUUUCCAUCAUGUGUACAUGUAACUCUGCUGUGGGGACGAGACCUCUUUGGAGGGAAUCGAUGUACGCCUUACCAAAAAAUGUUAUUGUUACAACUGGGCACGGAGUUUACUGUCAAACACAGAAAACCGUAAACAUUUAAAAAAUUCAGGAAGGUUGAAAAACUAAACUAGUUACCGUUGCUGUUUGCGGUUUAGUUAUCUCGCGCCUUAUUGGCUUAUUUUUCGCAACACAUUCCAUAAAUAUUUCUGGUGUUCACGGUUUUGUGAGUCUCACAGUAAAUUACAUCUGACAGGUCUUCAAAGUGGCGCAAGAUUCUUUUUAGCCAAUCACUAUGCUGCUAUUUACCCAAUCGCAGGAGUGAAUUUAAAAUUGACUUAAAAAGCCCUUUAAGAUCUGAAUGUAACUGAUUAAAAUCUAUGCUCCAUUUAUUUCAGUGUAACUACUUGAUCCCAGCUUGUUGCUGCAUUACUUUGCUGCGUGUGUUCAAUGUGCCUGCCUACUCUUCAAACACUAACUUCCCAGCCGUGGUCUGUCUCUUCUUGCUAUACGGGUGAGUUCAAUGGAAACGAGGGGAAACUGGGCUGAGUUUACGUUCGCAAAGACUUCUUGGACUAUUACUAGAGAAGGAAAAAACUGACCAAUAGCUGACCGGCGCGUCACUAGAAACGAUCCCUGAAACAAUAUUGCGGGACGCAUUUCGGCUGUAGUUCCCUUUUCUUUACGAACGCGACGAAUGGUUAACACGGGGUGAUAAAAAAGUAGAAUGAAAGUAAUCGGACAAUUGAAUUUUCUUUAUUGCAUAACGAAAUUAUAAUCAGUCGAAGCGAGAAAGGCGUUUGCUAAGUAUGCGACUGCAUUUUGUUUGUCCGGCGGUUUUGUGGUUGUCUGCAAUCUUUGUCUGUGUGGCCUUGUCACUGGUAAAGGCAAACUCCCAGUGAGUUAAUUUCUUUUUAGACUGAUGGCGAAAUUGCAUGGAGUGAUUCUCUACAUGACAAUGUACACAUUAGCCGCACUUUUUUGGAUACUGAUAGUUUGCAGCAGGUUACCAAGGAAGUUCUUUGUACUCUCAUUUUACCGGCUUCAGUAAUGUGGCUGUUGUUGAACCCGGUCUCGUACAGAAGCUGAUAAUCUAUCUUAAAAAGGUUGUUUACUGACUGGAAAUCAUUAUGUCCUUACAGAUGGUCCAUAACUCCUAUUAUGUAUCCAGGCGCAUUUUACUUCAGGGAAGCUAGUUCAGCGUAUGUGUUCAUGAUUGUGGUCAAUAUGUUUUUUGGAGUCACUGCCACCGUGACAACCUUCAUUCUACAGCUCUUUCCUGAUGACUUGGUAUGAAACCUUAUUUCUUCUUGCUCGCAAAAGCGUAAACGUUUUACAUUUUGUCACCUAAGUUACCCGACGAACUCUUUAUUUGGCCGUGAAAACGCAACUUUGGACUAGACUAACUCGUAAAUGGACAAGAGUUUUUUUGGUAUUUCUUCUUGACUAUGCAAACAAUUUUUUUUUUUGAAAGUUCUAUAUUGUAACGGAUACUAGAGGCUUUAGGUAACACUUAGCCAGACAGACCUUAGCCUUUGCUAUUGGCAAUUAACAGCUUAAAGAUUAAGAUUAAAGACGAAGAAUCGAGAUUGUUCUUAAUAGGCCCUUUGCAGCGAGCCAUUGACGUGGUAAAAAACCGCUACGCUGGAGAGCAAAAGUCGCACUGGGACAAGACAAACAAAAGACAUACAUAUUUUGAAAUGGUAACUUUCUUUGUUAGUCUUGUCCCAGUGCGACUUUUGCUGUCCAGCACGGCGUUUUUGGACCACGUGAACGACUAGCUGCAAAGAGCCUAUUUAUUUUUAAUACAUAAUUUUAUUGAUUUAAUAUGGGAUGUAUUUAACACAGUUGUUGAUGCUAUAUAUUUGCCUCCAAACAGGUGUUGACCAAAAUAUACAAUGCCCUGAGAAUAAUGAACCUUGGUUUCCCCAACUACUGCCUGGGACAUGGUCUUAUGGACCUGGCUUAUAACCAAUACCUUACAGACUAUUACACUCAGAUAGGUACGAUCAAUGUUUGUCAUAUAUUGCCGUAGCCAGGCUUCACGCCUUAAAUGCUCGAGAUUCGUUACUUCCUGUAAUGUUUAACAACAGAUUAAGUCAUGUUAAAUUUUUACGUUAAUCCAACAGUGUAAAAUGCUGUUGUGUCAUAUAAUUCCAGAAAAUACAUCUGUUAGGAAUACUUUUGUUUGCAAAUAUGUGGGUUUCUCAACGUGCACAUUCUCCAUACUGAGUUUGUCGACAAAUUAUGACAUAAAAUAUGUUGUCGGCGAAGGUGGGGGGGGAGGGGGGGGGGUUGGGGGGUAGUCCGAGCCAUAGAAUUGACUUGAAAUAUGGUGCGCGAGUCUGAGGAGAGAGGGAAUUGGGCACGCUCAGUAUUUCCAGCGCCUACACGCAGGCAAUAUUUAGCGCUCGCUCGCUCGAAAAAUACGCACUCAUUGCAGCUACUUUGGCGGGGGUUUCCUUUAUUCUCCUGAAGAAAUAAUAGGAAAUUAGAUUUUAAUAUCUGUUAGAAGUUAAAGAAAUGAAACACGGGGCGCCACCGAGUAAGAAUUCAAACUGAAAAACAGUUUCAACCUCAAGAAUUAACUACUAGUGAACGAAUGAAUAAAUGAUUGAUUGAUUGAUUGCGUAAAUGAAUUUAUUUAUUUCCUCAUAGGUGAAUACGACAAGAUUCGUGAUCCAUUUGAAUGGUUACUGACGACUCGAAAUUUAGUGUGCAUGGCCGUGGAGGGAAUUUUGUUCUUUGUGUUUACUGUCCUCAUAGAGUUUAGAUUCUUCAUAAAGCCGAGGUAAGAUACCCCAAUCUGAAUUCCUAAACGGCAAGAAAUGAUAAAAGCCUGAUCCUUCUGUGUAAUUUCGUACGAAAGCCAGAGUAAUUCAGUGUUCCAGUUAUCUGCUCGUACAGUGCUUUAGAAAAUUUCCGUUGGACUGGACAAUUUUAUUUCAUGCUUUAAAAAAUUCACGUAUCUCUGAACAUCGAUGGUUUAAGUAGCUCAAGAAAUUAUUGUAGACAGUGUCAAGAAUGUUACUAGCACAAAACAAUCCCUCUGGGGCACAUUGAAUUCAUCUUUGGUAAGCUUUCAAGGAGUAAGAGUGGGAACCAUUUAACUCCCCCUCCCCUCUGCCCUCUGCUGUCAAAACCGGCUGGCUGUCAGGUAUGGAUAAGACAAUAUUAAUUUAAUAUUAAUAUGAUAUACAUUAAUAUUAAUAACUUGUUGCUUUACCCAGGCGCACCCACGUGUCCAAGGACCCAAUUGAGGGGGAGGACGAGGAUGUGUCUGCUGAAAAAGAAAGGGUUCUCUGUGGUGGCGCCAGCGAGGACCUGAUUCGAAUUGAGAACCUAACAAAGGUAAGCUGUGCAGAACCUUUUUUAUCGGUCACUUCAUUCUCCGUGGGUGGCCCGGUGCUGAAAAGAGGUUCCAAUCCACUGAAGUAUUAUUGAUUUAGACGAUUCAGAACCUUGGAAUUAUAGGACGCGAAGUUUCAUAUUAGGCGCCGAUGAAAGAACGGUACUUAUCGCCAUCCAGGGGCCUGUUUCUCGAAAGACCCGGUAACUUUUCGGGCCCGAAGGCAAAUUUUAAAAUCAAAACCUGUUGCACAGUACCAUAGUUCCUAGCUCACAAACCUGUCAAUUUUGCUUUGAGAAAUGAUAGACAUAUUGUAUACUGUUCAAAAUUAUGAAACCUUUGAACUUGUCUGCAAACACAGCAAACAUAUAAAACACCUUUCUGGAACUUUCAAGAAACUGGCCCCUGAGGAGAGACUCUUGUCCUUGCGCUUAAUAGGAUGUUAUUUUUCAAUGAUGUCAAGUGGUGUCUGGUGAUUGGUUUAAAAACGUUCAGUACCAGUUCCUGGAGUAAAAAGGAUAGAAAAGCCUUCAGGGCAGACAUCUUAGGGUUCCACACAUGUCACGAGAUCACGUACUGAAUAUUUAACAAGUUGUUCUUGUUGUUUUUCUUUGAACGAAAGAACACUAUAAUGCCAAAGGUGCGGUUUUAAGUUGUGAGGCUUCAAUUCAAUUCUUGUUUCUGUCAGGUUUACUAUUCAAGAAAAAGAGGCAAGCAUCUGGCCGUGGACAGGCUUUGUUUAGGUGUCCCAAAAGGAGAGGUGAGCCGACUUUAUUAGAGUAAACAAGAUCGAGUGGGAUGGAUUUUUGCUUCUGCAUGCGUGAAAACCGACUUAAGCUUCGCUAAAACGGGCAACAAAAACGUGCAACUUGUUUUGCAACAUUGCUAAAAAAUGAGUUAAAAAGCGAUGUUGCGCGUUUUACCACCCACGUUCAAACCUGUUAACAACCUGAUUUGUUACAAAACAGGUUUUCUGUGGGUGGUAGAACGCGCACCAUCGCUAUUCAACUCGUCUUGCAGCAAUGUUGCAAGACAAGUUGCUUGUUCUUUUUUUGGUCGUUUUACCGCACUUUAAUCCUAUUGUUAGAGUUAUUUUCCUCACACUUGGCAUCCAAAAUUCCUUCUUCUAUGCCAUCCUCUUUCAUCUGUGCCCUUUGCUUUAGUUAUUCUUGCAGGCGACUGAACAUGAAAAAGAAGACGCACCCGCUUCUGUUAUUUGGAUCAUUUGAUUAACACACAAAGUUUAUACAUUUUUAUUGUUCUUUCCGCAGUGUUUUGGGCUGUUGGGUGUUAACGGAGCAGGAAAAACCAGUACGUUUAAGAUGCUGACUGGAGACACCUCCAUGUCUGCGGGAAAUGCGUUCCUGAACUCUUACAGGUGGGUAUAACAGCUAUUAAACUUCGCACAUGCUCAUGGUUACCGGUGUCCGUGAGAACCGGCAAUUUAUUACCACCAAAUUUGUGUUCGUAGGUUCUUGAUCAAAUUGGAAUUUGGAAUUGGUGGUUUUAGAUUCCUAGUUCCUGUACGUGGUCUUCUCAGGCCUUCUCGGUCAAUGCAUUUCGGUGACGUAUCGAAGCUGAACGGCCGCGACUCGCUCGGACCACGUGACCCGAAACGCAUCGGCCGCGCGCAAUAAUGAUUCCUAGGGACUAUACAAGGUUUUUGAGGACUGGAAAAACCGAAGCACCCUGCGAACCUCCCCUACCCAACCCCCGAGCAAAUCGAACAAAGGAAAGAACCGGCAACAAGCCCAACCCAAAUAUGGUGCGGCCUAUGGGAUUCAAGCCCAGGCGGCAUUGGUGAAAGGAGCCAUCCUUGUUGCCCUGAGAUAGUAAUCUUCAACUAGAGAUUACAUCCUAGUUAACAAAAUUAACCGGUCUUAUACUUUGAUUGCAGUAUUGUAUCCGAGAUGCAAAAAGUUCAUAAAUGCAUGGGCUACUGUCCGCAGUUUGAUGCUCUUGUUGACGAACUGACCGGCGCUGAACAGCUUACACUGUACGCGAGACUUAGAGGAGUCCCUGAAAACGAAGUACAAAGGGUGAGUACAUAUAUGGCAUGAAAAUUUCCUGGGUGUUACCAUUAAGAUCAAAAAACUCUUAAAAUCUUUAAAUUACUUUUUCCCUUUUUUUCCUUCCGUGGGAAAUCAUUUUUGCGGGAUCUCAAAUUGCCGAACGUUGAAGAUAUUCUUUAAAAUUUCAUACCACACAUUGAGCUCUUUAGCUUUUGACCGUUCUUACUAGAAACCCACCGACUUUCUGCCCAAAAUCUUUGUCGAAAAAGCACUGUAUUUGUUAUUCGAAAGUGCAUCCUCUAAAAUUCUUGUUGAAGAGAGCGACGGUGGUGUUUUUAGAUAUGGGCUACCCUAAACUGUUACAAAGAUUACUGGCAAACCAGCGCGCCAUUGCGCGUCGUAUUUAUAGAAUUUGCUCCCAUCCUUAAUUGUAUCUUUUCUUCACAAUGGCUCUAUCGUACUUACCAGGUUGUAUCGUGGGCGAUCAAGAAGCUGUGUCUUACUCGCUACGCCAACAAACCAAGCAAGACUUACAGCGGUGGAAACAAACGGAAACUCUCUACCGCAAUGGCAUUAAUUGGCAACCCGCCUAUUAUAUUCUUGGUAAGAAGUCAUGCCCUCAAAUUUUGCGCCCCAUUUGGUUUGGGCGUGCGGUGAUGUAACAAUUACAGCCAAAACUUUGAAUAAAUAAAUAAAUAGAUAAAUACUUAAUUAUCAUCUCCCCAUAUGGGCCUUUUCAGGGAUUAUGAAACAAAUAGUUCAAAUGGAACAUAACAAAGUUAAGAAUCCUGUCUAGUAGAAGGCGAAACAGUUAACUAUUCUACAAGCGUUGCCGAGGAUUUGAACUCGGGACAACCAAGAACAAAUCUAGCUAGCGGUCUCGGCGGGAAUCGAACGUGGGGCCUCCGAAUUAUAAGUCCCUCGCCCUGACCGUUCGGCCACACUGCCUUCACGUGAAACUUUGGGAGAAUCACCAUCAGCUUACGUCUUCGAUUUUAAUUUUAUGGUGAAAAACUUGCACUUAAGAGUAUUAGGUAUUCACAAUGGAUUCUUGCGCUGACGUGAAAUGCCAUUGAUCUGUUUAGGAUGAGCCCACUACUGGAAUGGACCCACAUGCCCGGCGCUUCUUAUGGAAUCUUAUUCUUGAUAUCAUCAAGGACGGUCGCUCAGUUAUUUUGACAUCACAUAGGUAACUCCAACUCUGCCUGUUCCUUGAUAUUGUACCUCUUGCCUGCCUUGAUCAGGCGUGUUAAAGUUAGAUACCUUUUAGAAGUCCUUUUAACUGUCUGUUUUAUCUGUGUUUUAGCUCUGUCGAAAGCUUAAUCGCAGCACAGUUGCGCGCUGUUUAUUUAGAAACCUCUUCAAAGGUUGAAACCAUAAACCUCAUAACGGAAAUUUCAACAGUUUGAAUUUGUUACUUUUUAUUGUUUUCUGCUUAGGGUGACCUGGACUGAAAUGAAUUACAACUGGGAAAAAUUAUAUAUCUAUCUUGUUUUCUAACUCAGUUGAGUCAUAUUAGUAGAUGCAUUAGUCUCCUAUGCAGCGGCUAUUUGACUAGUCACGCGACACUCCUUCCCAUAAGAGCGUUGCGUGACGAGAUAAAUAAUAGUUGCGAAAGAGACUCGUGCACUCAUUAUUUUGUUUGAGAAGCUAACACAUCAGUAUGUAUAAUUGACAUGUUGAACGAAAAUACCUGUGCCUAGUUUCUCAAGACGUGAUGUUGACACUUGUUUAGAAGGGAAGGACGUCAUUUGAAGUUUCGAGUUUCCAAAGGAAUUUCGAGUUUGUUUUGACUGGGCUUUUACCUCCAACAUGAUCGGCCUGUCACAAGAUGGAAUGUUACAUUGGCGCUUUAUCUUGUAUGUUUACAGCAUGGAGGAAUGUGAAGCAUUGUGUACUCGCCUAGCAAUUAUGGUCAAUGGUCGAUUCAAGUGCCUAGGGAGCUGCCAGCACCUGAAAAACCGGUAAGUCUGUUUGUUUGUUUGUUUGUUUGUUCUAUUUCAGAGAGCUCCUUGUCAGGAUUUGAGCUAAUAUACAUUAUCUAAAUGGUAUAGCGAGGCAAACAAAAUCAUUCCAGAAGGCAAACAGGCUAUUUAUUGUGCGCUUAGUAUCCUGCCUAUGAGUGGAAGUGAGGCUAGACGUUAUUUAAUAGCAACCCGCUUUUCAAAUGUGCAUCAUGUUCUCAUGCUUAUUAAUGGCACUGUGGUUUUGAUAAAAACCAAGACAUCGCUAGCCUCACUUUCUCUCACUCAAAGGCUAGGCUGUUCAGCCUGCAACUGUGACUUGGCCUAUUCGCAGCAACUCUGUAACAAAAUGAUAUUUAUUCAUAUCACAGUAGUAUAGUAGAUACUGAAUCGACCUUUUUGCUUAACAAUGCCACUUUAAAGUGUGCAGAAGUAACUCAACGCUUUGACCAUCUCAUUCAUUUUGUUUCACUGCAGAAAAGGAGUAUUUUAAUCGGGAUUCUAGUGCUAAAAAGAGACUCUUUCUCCAAAGAUUGGAGUGAUGGUUAAAGCUAAGGGAGGGAUUAAUAAAUUGGUGGUUUCGAGAACUGCUGAAGUUGAUGUGUUUAAGCUUAUUUCGAUAUUUUGCAGGUUCGGAGAAGGAUACAUUAUCACAGUCCGUGUUCAAGGUGAUUUGCCAGACAUGGAGCCGUUGUACCGGUUCUUCUCUGAAAAGUUUCCGCGUGCUUCGCUUAAGGUAGGACUGGAUAAAUAUUGGAUUUCUUUGCAUAUCUUCUUAGAAUUUCACGUUGCAUACACGAAACAACAUCAAUCUUUCGAACAUCACUUCUACCUUGCCUUUGAUAUGGUAAGGAGUUUGACUUUAGUAAAUAAAAGAAUGUGGUAAAUUUAUCGUAAAGAUUAGAGACCUCUAGAUUCUAGGGCGAGAACGACUACGAGUACGAGAAACUGUAUGGCGAUAAUAAGCCCCUGUCCACACCAAAAGGAAUUUUUUUACACCAAAAGGUUGCAGAAGAAUGAGCGGAUUCACUGGUUUCGUGUGAAGAAAGGAACGAGCGAUUCGUGUAGAAAAAUGUUUCAAAAGUGCCUGGAUUCGUGCGGACGGGACUUAAAAGCAAAGAUGGUAAAUUUUUGAACCUCGGUAAAUGAACUGAUUAAGUUGUAGUGAUCAUCUCGUCUUCUUUUUAACAGGAACAUCAUCACAAUAUGGUACAGUACCAGCUUCCCACAGGCGUCAUGGAUUUGUCGGAGGUGUUCGGUCAUAUCGAGUCAUCCUAUGAAGCUUUGCAAAUCGAGGAUUACUCUGUCAGUCAGACAACCCUAGAUAAUGUAAGACUAACAGCCCCUCUAGAGAGGUUUUCACUCCAGAGUCGCCCGUAAAGCUAUGUGCAAAUUGACGCAAUAACCAACAAUACUGGGAGUUGUUGCUACCAUGUUGGCAGUAGUGUGCAAACGGAUGCAACAACUCCCAAUAACAACACACAACAACAUGCAACAGGCUGUGUAAACGGACGCAACAUGAAGCAUCCAACAGUGUUGGGAGUUUUUGGCUAACAAUGUUGAUUCCGUUUGCACGGGGCUUAAAACGCGAACUGAAAGAGCCGUGUCACGAAGUUUCUAGAAAUUUGAACAGUGGAAACUGCCACCAAAUUGAGUGAAACGUAAAACUAACCGCUGAAAACAUCAAAAGAAAAUGUUAACAAACAUAGCAAAUACGAUAGUAGGAACCGAUGGACAAACUGAAGUUGAUUGAAACGGAUUGCAAUUGCGAUUUGUUAAGUCUUUUUAGCCUUAAAGUUCAUUUUUAUUGUUUGCAACGUUUGAUUUUUCAUGAGAUAAGUGCGUUCUAUACUUUAGGUGUUUAUCAACUUCGCUCGCCAACAAACGGACGAAACCGAUUUUCAAGAGAAAUCUCCCUGUUUACGAAGGACUGGCCCUAGACAACGAGUGCGCAGACGCGCUGAGAGAUUACGAGCCAUUUGGUCAGAUGACGUCAGGUUCAGUGCCCUGGAAGAAGAGGCUGGGAACGAGGAUGACGAUGAUGAUUGGCAAGUCACCUUCUCAGACCGGGUAAGUUCUUCUUUCUCUAUCCAGGGUCUCCGACCUUUAACCCCUCCUCCCUCCCCCGACCCCCAGAAGUGCCAAAUGGCAAACUUUACCUUGUAACAUGGCAGCACACUAAAGUAAUGUUGAGGAUGUUUCGAUUGAAUGGUAACACCAAAGGAUUCGUCUACAGUCUCGGAAGGUAGAUUGACAUAAUGGGGAACUUAAGCAAAGACGUUUCUUGGCGACGCACGUCAACAGGAAGUGUCUCAAUCUCAAUCUACUCUUACAAUCUACUUCCGGUCAACUUGCAUCGCUCAAAACGUCUUUGCAUCAAGACCUUACGUCGGAUUGAAGACCUUAAACUGGGCAUAACAGAGCUCCAGUGUUGGAGUUCUUAGUGUGCCUGCAAAAACACUUAUACUUCCAUAGUUUGACUUCACCCUCAAUUCAUUUGUAGAAAGCUUUUUGUUGUUAGCACCUCCUUUUGCAUUAUGGUAAAUGGCACAACAGGAAGACACUUCUCAGUAGGCGUAGGAUAUUUCUCUGUCAUGACUCUAUUUUCCGCUCCUCUUGAAAAUACAUGGAGUUCAGUUUUAAAUUUAUCUUAUCUUUCUUUUUAUCUUAGGCACGCCUAACUUUUGUGACUUCAGAGGAUCUCUAGAACUUUUGACUUGGAGAGAGGCGUAGAAAAGCUAAAAACCCGAAAUGUUACUCUUUUUUAAUUGUUGAUUUUGGCUCUUUACUUUUAAUAGUAUAAACUGUAAAAAUUUUUUCUUGGGGUGAGCAGACACUGGCCGCCCUCACAGAUAUCGGGGCGAACGAGCACGCGUCAUGUUUUUAGUUCACGUAAAGUUAAGCUACAGUAAAACGGGAAACAAAAAACGUGCAACUUGCUUUGCAACAUUGCUGCAAAACGAGAUGAAUACUGAUGUUGCGCGUUUUACUACCCGCAUUCGAACCUGCCUUGCAACAAAUAAGGUUGCAAGGCUUUUUUUCGUGGGUGGUAAAACGCGCAACAGCCAUAUUCAACUAGUUUUGCAGCAAUGUUGCACGUUUCUGUUGUUGUUGUCCGUUUUACCUCACCUUAAAACCGUUAAUCGUCUCGUAUGUAAAGGUAGCGGGCGGGCGGGCGCAACUUGCUCGCGGUGUUUUUUUUCCUUUUAUACCCAAAAAUAUUGCAAACGUUUGAGAAAUGGGAUAAAGUUAUAUUAGGUGAUGUUUGAGAGGUACAGGUGAGCUGGACGACCUAGCCUACGGGCAAACUCUCGUGGGUGGGGGGAGGGGGGUGGAGGUGUGAAAAGAAUGUCUUGUCCCCAUCCCCGUCCCCGGAGAGUUAGCUCCCAAGCUAAGGUGAACGUUACAGUAUAAGUAUCUUAGGGAAUGGUGGCGGGUGGAUUUGGGUGGGGUGGGUAUAGGGGGGGGGCAACUUGCCCCCAGUGAAUUUCUUACCCUCUUUCUGGAGCCAAAAAUAUCAUUGCAAGCGUAGGAGAAAGUUAAUCAGAUGAUGUGUGAUGGGUAUAGGUGCGGUGAGCAUAGCCGUUGAGCAAACUCUUGCCAUCCCUGUGCCCGACUCGGAGAGCUUGCUCUCAGCCUAAGGUGAACGUUACAGUGUAAGAAUCGUAGAUAGUCCAAAGUCUAAACAAUCCAGAGUAAAAAUAGUGCUGAUAAUUUUAAAAGACUCCACAGAGAAUUAACCAAGAGUAAUUUUAGUAGGUAUAAUGAGUUUUGUACUUUUAUCGUGUUAGUUGCGUUAGGCUGUCAGUCUAAACAAAGAACGUGAGAAAAGAGAAGAAUGGCUCUUUAUGUAAUUAGUUAA